GUGACCUGUCAGCUCCACCGUGUCAAAGUUGAGAAGCUCAUGUGCCACCCAGAACAUCGCUUUUCAUCAUCUAAAGGGCACAUCGGCGCAUAUCUCACCAACAGCGCCCAUUCCUUGUCUUCCACACCUCCUGCCCGCUAAGCCCUUCCUUCUCAACCCUUUCGCAAUGGCACAUACGAUUGCGACAUACAUCUUUUGGAGCCUUCUGAUAGUUGGCCAAGCGUUCUCCCUGUCAGUCACGUCACCCAACCUCAACCUCAAGGCCACCAAAGCCACUCAAGGAGGAAUCGCCCAUCUCUCCGGCAAGAAAAAUGUCUCCGGUCUGUUUCAGUUCAGUAGUCCAGAAGAUUCAGAGUGGGUGAACAUCGUCAUUUCGAUGCGAGGCUUGUUACAAUUCAACCUGACCGAGGGCUUUGCUUAUCAUGUGCACGAACAUCCGGUCGUUGAUGGGAAUUGCUCAAGCGCCCUUUUGCACUACAAAGUCCCGACGCCAAAGCCGAGCUGCACCUCGGAAAUCAAAAAUUACUGUCAACCAGCCGAGUUCCCAACGCGUCAUGGCAACCUACCUGGCCUGGUGGACGUUUUCACACUAAGGAUAAACGACAAUUUGAUCGAUCUGACCGGUCCGAAUUCCAUCAUCGGCAAAAGCAUCGUUGUUCAUGGUGCGAACCUGACUCGACUUGCAUGCGGCAACAUCGAACCUUGGACUCCGGGCGCCAAGGCCUGAAGAAACAUUUUCGUAGAGUUAUCCCAGCAGUCGAUAGAUUCUGCGAAGUAGCAGUGGACCAUAAGCAUUAUCCAUUCAUUGUAGUAGUCUUACCGCCAGUAUGACAUAUCCCUCGUUUUUUUCACAACUUGGCCAAUGACUCCAAGUUCCGCGGCCCAUCCAAAGCACUGGCAUUACUGAAUUCAACUUCCUACUAGAACCAGCAUGUGCCAACGGUACUCUCACUUUUCCGUAUUAUCUAAACUCAUCGUCCUUCAAGCUUUAUUCAAGAGGAUUCCAUUUCUCUCCUUUUCAUUUUACUCAACUUUCGUUAACCUUACAAUUGUACACUUUCUCUUCGCAUGUUUUACUGUUAUCAUCGGUCAAAGAAGCAUAAACUGGAUAUUUUAUUAAGAAUUAAAUUCUCUCCCUUGAGGUAAAUUUCCUCAAAUUGACAACUGUUUUG